AUGACUAUUACUGGAGAUGACCCCGCAGGUAUUUCUAGUCUCCAACAGUUUCUCUGUCACCAGUUUGAGAUGAAAGAUUUGGGUUUUCUUAGCUACUUCCUUAGCUUGGAAAUUUCUCAAGAUUCAUCUGUUGGUAGUCUUGUCUAUCUCACGGCUACUUGUCCAGAUAUUGCUUAUACUGUUCACAUUGUCAGUCAAUUCAAGGCUGCCCCCCGCUUUCCACACUAUGAUGCUCUGAUUCGCAUUUUGUGCUAUCUCAAAGGCACUCUAUUUCAUGGUCUUCACUACUCGGGCCAGUCUUCUCUACAGCUCCAUGCCUUUACUGAUGCCAAUUGGGAAGGGAAUCCUACUGACCGUCGUUUCACUACUGGGUUCUACUUCUUCUUGGGCAACUCUCUCAUUGCCUGGCAUAGCAAUAAGCAAACUCUUGUUGCUCGUUCUAGUACCGAGACUGAGUAUCGUGCUCUUGCUGACAUUACUUAG